AUGGACCUUUAAAUUAAAUGUUUAGUCACCAGGUUAUUUUUAUAAUGUAAGUACACGCUGAACCUUGCAUAAAGCCUAAAUAGUUUCUAAUAAUCUCACAAAUGGUAGAAAAUAAGGUUAAAAUAAAUAACCUAACAAAUUUACCAUUCUCGGAAUCAGACAUAGUGACAGUUCAGUCAGUAUGUUUGAUUCUUGACAACAAUUAGGCUUCCUUAUUAAUGACGUUAAUAAGGAUAAUUGAUGCUCCUGAACAUGCUGCCCAUCUGCAUGAUCUGGAUCUGUAUCCGUUAAAUGGUUUUAGGUACUUGCCCGUAAUCUUUGAAAAUUACUUUGCAAUUAUAACACCGAAUCAGAUAAGGCUUAAAUUAUUAUGAUUCGUGCAUGUCAUUGUCCAAUAUUUACAGAUAAUAAUACGUUACAAAAAUGGUUUGGAUUUGUAAUAACAAGCCUAUCACGUAAAACCAGUUGUGUUAUUAAAACUUGAAUGACUUUUUAGCACUCUGUAGACUGAAUACCAUACUUGUAUUCUCAUGCUACUUAUUAUAAUUGCGUUCCAUCAAUCCAAAAAAGGAGUUAAUGAAUAUUGUACGAUGGUUGAUUUUCUUCUAUCGUAGGUGGGAAUGGAUGAAUUAUUCCGUGGCUUGCCGAUUGCAAAAGCUUUCCAUCUUGUCAUGUCGUGAACUAUAGGGCAAGACGCUGCGUCAUAUAUUCCAAGAAAUGAAGCGUGACAACGACGAGAGCGCAGUAAACACUACAACGAAAGGCAAUGAAGCGUAACGCGAAAGUGGCAUUGCCUCUACAAAACUCCAACUGCCUGUAGUUUUUCUUACGCAUCGCCCGCGUUUCAUAUAGUGUGAUCAUUAAUGCUAAAACCACGCACACGAACCGACGAAUCUAAUAGAACUUUUUUAUUUUUUAUUUUAGGUAGGUUGUAAUCUCGACAACCUUACCGGGGCUUGAUGAUUUUUCGUUCCAUGGGAAUUCGAUCUUUACCUUUAUUUAAAUGAUCAAGUUAUUUUUGUUAAUAUUCUCCGGUACCCGCCCACUAAUUUAGCAGAUUUUGUUUUACGUCUUAUUUGCAGUCAAGCUUGUGUUACAAUAUGAAACCGGUGCGGCGUCUGGCACGUGCAUCCGACACGCAUCACGAGCCAAAGUCAUCCAGUGCGCCCUCGCUCUUCGCGGCAUCUGUACGCAUGGAGACAACUCUCGCGAAAGCCUUAACAUAACAUGAAAACAAUCAACCUAUUAGUGUUGUGACAAUCGUUUUGCUUCUCAAGUAAACGUUUCGCCAUACUACUAUUUUGAAGUGUAGAAGAUGAAUGGAAUAAGUUGAUAUAAAUAUGCAUAGGUAAUAACUGGGCGAUGGCUGCUUAGAAUCUGGAAUUCGUGUUUUUCGUCUAGGCCAAUGCUACGCAAAAAUGAACAAAGUUAUAAUGCCUGGAAACCCCGGGCGAAAACCAAACCGGUUUAUGAGGAGCGGCGACAAUUGAAGCCAGAUGUCUGUACUGCGAGAAUUGGGUAGCUGAGGCCGGCGUGGCCUUAUGGAGGGACUGGCGCUACCUACACUGCUUGUUAUAGCGGUGCUACAACUAGCCGUCACUGACUCAGCUCGGUUUGGUGACCGCCUCGCCCCUAGGAAACCCGCGCCUUACUCACCUCGCAAUGCAAAUCCAGGACAAACUUUUGCACAAAACGAUGAAGCCACUUACGAACAGGACUUUGAUAAGCACAUCCUAGCUUUUGAAUAUGACGAGCCCAAACUGGAAACGGAAGCUCCCCAUCGACGUCCCGCUCGGACGGAAGCGCAUCGCUUGGAAAUGAGUACAGAAUACUUCGUAAUACCGGAAAAGAUGUCGACGCCAUCUUCAACUUCAGUUCCUCAACGCCCAAAAGUUAUUGCUACAGCACGGCCGAACAACAUGACCACGCCGGCCGUAAGGGUCGCAACUUUGACGGCUUUAAGACUCGAACCGUGGGCUGUUCCAAUUUUAGCGUUAGCGAGCGUCAUCAUGAUAAUUAUUUGCGGCUUCGAGGCUUUCGUUAUUUGGGGGGCCAGUCGCAGAGCACCGAGCCACAGACAUUUGCUCUUAGGACAGACGCUGCUCUUCGGGCUUUUUCUAUGCGCUGGCACCGCAGCCUUGUAUGUCGCAUCGCCCACGACCUUCACUUGCGGGGCUGUUCGUUUUGCGACCGGAGUAGCAUACGUGAUCGUGUUCGUGACAUUAUUAGUGAAAUGUGUAUUUCUGUUAAGUCUAAACGGUGGCGUAUACCUCCCCGCCGCUUAUCAAGGACUUUUGUUAUUUUUUGCGAUCAUGAUACAGGUCGCCAUCGGGGCGCAGUGGCUAGGCGGAUCGCCGCCGCGAGUGGCACCGAGUGGGACGAGGUGCCAGACGGCGUUGUCCGAUCUGUUACUAUCUUUGUGUUACGCUGCAUUUCUAAUAGCCGUGGUGUGCGGGGUUGCACUUCGAUCGCGUGGCAUACGGGACAACUAUCGCGAAGCCACGCAUAUUGCAGCCGCGAGUGGCGCUACGGCUGCAGUGUGGGUGUGCUGGGUUGCGGCGGCUCUCGGGGCUCCCGAUCAGCACAAAGACGCGUGCGUGGCGGCCGGACUACUGGCUACGUGCGCCGUAGUGUUCGCUCUUAUGUUCGCUCCGAAAGGUCGCCGCUUGGCCGCCCUGGGCCGAGAGGGCCGCUGGGAAGCCGAUCGCGAGGAAGGCCUCAGCUCCCUGGGCGCGGGUGGUUCCGGUUAUUCGCCUUCGUUCUUUCACUUCAAGCCGGUUAAGUACGGCAUGGUUUCGGCGGCGGCGCCGGCGAUGGCUUCGUCGAUCUCGGAUCGCAAGGAGCCCCCAGCUCAGCAAGCCGAUCCGUUCGGCAUCUUCGUGGCCUCGCACCAUCACAGACGCACCGCGUGCGCCCCGCACUAUCCCAUGCACCUUCUAACGCACUAUAACUACAAUCAAUACCCACCCUAUCACUACAUGUUACCACCAGGCGUGAUGAUGCGCGCAGAAGAGGCCAACGUGUACACGAGCGUGGAGCCGACCUUCAGCAGCAAUCCCAACGUGUUCUUCCAACGCACGGACCCUUUGCACGUCGGCAUGAUGUACUGAAUACUGAGCCCCGCGCAAUCACGCGUUCCCGCGGGAACACUGACAUUUGACGGAGAAAUUUAUGAGUGUUUGAUCUAUGGAUCGAUAGCAUUGUGUGACAUAAAGAAGCUGCUUCUUACUCAAUUUCAGAGAUUAGUAUAAUUUUAUUGUUCAACAAUCUUUUAUACUUUAAAACUCAUUUUUAAUAUGUGGUAGACAUAGUUUUUUGCUUUACUUACUUCUAAAAUACUACUUAAUACUCAAAUAGGAUAAUACAAAAUAAAUAUUUGUGAUGAUGUAUGGUACUUAGCCCACCCCGACUGAAAAAUUACAAUUUUGAGGUAAAUAAUUGUGCUUUUAUGAGUUUUGUAAAUAAAACUGUACAUUAAUCAAAAA